CCUCCCGCUCGCGGGGAAUCACCGGCCGGGCUCCGGCCCCUCCCAGUCGGCGGGCGGGGGGGGGGGUGUGUGUGUGCAGGCGGCCGCUGGCCGCGGCUAUAAAGGGCCCCGGACACCGCAGCUCGCCAGGGAGCCUCACGGCUCCGCCCCCGCCGCGUGCCUCGCCACGGGGUCUCCCGGGCUCCGCUCGAGCCUCUCGGGCCUCGGCUACUCGGGCUGCGGCGGAAGAUGGCGGCGCCGGAGGCUCAGUCUGACCGCUCGGAGGAGGCGCUGGCUGCGGCCUUGGCGGACGUGCCGGAGCUCGCCAGACUUUUGGAGGUCGACCCGUACCUGAAGCCCUUCGCUGUGGACUUCCAGCGCAGGUAUAAGCGCUUUAACCAGACAUUGGACAACAUUGGAGAGAGUGAAGGUGGCAUCAACAAGUUCUCCAGAGGUUAUGAAUCAUUUGGGAUCCAUCGUUGUGCUGAUGGUGGUUUAUACUGCAAAGAGUGGGCCCCAGGGGCAGAAGGAGUUUUCCUUACUGGAGAGUUCAAUGAUUGGAAUCCAUUUUCAUAUCCAUAUAAGAGGCUGGAUUAUGGGAAAUGGGAGCUAUAUAUUCCCCCAAAGGAGAAUCAUUCUGCCCUGGUACCUCAUGGAUCUAAAUUAAAGGUAGUUAUUCGGAGCAAAAGUGGAGAAAUCUUGUAUCGUAUUUCACCAUGGGCAAAGUAUGUGGCUCGUGAAGGUGAUAAUGUGAAUUAUGACUGGAUACACUGGGAUCCUGAACACUCAUAUAAAUUUAAGCAUUCCAGACCAAAAAGGCCAAGAAGUGUAAGAAUUUAUGAAUCUCAUGUGGGAAUUUCUUCCCAUGAAGGAAAAAUAGCUUCCUACAAACAUUUCACAUGCAACAUACUACCAAGAAUCAAAGGUCUUGGAUAUAACUGCAUUCAGAUGAUGGCAGUUAUGGAACAUGCUUAUUAUGCCAGUUUUGGCUACCAAAUUACAAGCUUCUUUGCAGCUUCAAGCCGUUAUGGGACUCCAGAAGAGCUAAAAGAACUGGUUGACACCGCUCACUCAAUGGGCAUUACCGUCCUCUUAGAUGUGGUACACAGUCAUGCUUCAAAAAAUUCAGAAGAUGGACUGAAUAUGUUUGACGGGACAGAUUCCUGUUAUUUUCAUUCUGGCCCUAGAGGGAAUCAUGACCUUUGGGACAGCAGACUGUUCGCCUACUCCAGCUGGGAAGUUUUAAGAUUCCUUCUGUCAAACUUAAGAUGGUGGUUAGAAGAAUAUGGCUUUGAUGGAUUUCGUUUUGAUGGUGUUACAUCCAUGCUCUAUCAUCACCACGGAAUGGGUCAGGGGUUUUCUGGUGAUUACCAUGAGUACUUUGGGCUACAAGUAGAUGAAGAUGCCUUGAUUUAUCUCAUGUUGGCAAACCACCUGGUCCAUACACUGUAUCCAGAUUCUAUAACAAUAGCUGAGGAUGUAUCGGGAAUGCCAGCCCUGUGUUCUCCCAUUUCCCAGGGCGGAGGCGGUUUUGACUACCGGUUAGCGAUGGCGAUUCCAGAUAAAUGGAUCCAGCUAAUUAAAGAGUGUAAAGAUGAAGAUUGGAACAUGGGUAAUAUAGUGCAUACACUUACAAAUAGACGCUACCUUGAAAAGUGCAUUGCUUAUGCAGAGAGCCACGAUCAAGCACUUGUUGGAGAUAAGACCUUGGCAUUUUGGCUAAUGGAUGCAGAAAUGUACACCAACAUGAGUGUUUUAGCCCCUUUUACUCCAGUUAUUGAUCGCGGAAUACAGCUUCACAAGAUGAUUCGACUCAUUACUCAUGCACUUGGAGGAGAAGGUUAUCUGAAUUUCAUGGGUAAUGAAUUUGGGCAUCCUGAAUGGUUAGAUUUCCCAAGGAAAGGAAAUAACGAAAGUUACCAUUAUGCCAGAAGGCAGUUUAAUUUAACCGAUGACGACCUUCUCCGGUAUAAGUUCCUAAAUAACUUUGACAGGGAUAUGAAUAAAUUGGAAGAAAGAUGUGGUUGGCUUUCAGCUCCACAGGCCUAUGUGAGUGAAAAGCAUGAAGCCAAUAAGGUCAUCACUUUCGAGAGAGCAAGUCUGCUUUUUAUUUUCAACUUUCACCCAAACAAGAGCUAUACUGAUUACCGAGUUGGUACUGCAUUGCCAGGAAAAUUCAAAAUUGUGCUAGAUUCAGACGCCGCAGAAUAUGGAGGACAUCAAAGACUGGACCACAGUACUGAUUUCUUUUCUGAAGCUUUUGGACAUAAUGAGCGUCCCUGUUCUCUCCUGGUGUACAUUCCAAGUCGAGUGGCCCUUAUCCUUCAGAACGUGGAUCUGCCUGACUAAUGCGACCUGCUUUCAGCUCCAUCUGGGGAAGAUGGCUUUUCGUCCAUCCUCAGUGGCGCAGAGCUUGUAAUGUGAAAGCUCUACAAAAUGCAGUCAUCUGGCUAAAACGUAAUGUAUCUGAAAACUCAGUAUUAGUUUGUGAAAAUGAAUGUCAACCUUUUCUGUAAGAAGGGACGAGGCAUUUUUGACAUUUCAAGCAUCCUUAACUAUGUUUUCCAGCUAUGAUUUUCAAAGUAUUACAUGUAAAGUCUUUAAACAGUUUCUCUUUUCUUUUAUUGGAUACUUUCAACUUUAAGUUUAAAUCAUGCAUCAACUUUGACUCAAUACACAUUGCUUUCUUAAAAAGUAUUUUAUGUGGCUUUAUUUUGAUAUCUCUAGGUCUGCAUUAUAAUAUAGUAAGAUUUUGCUGGUUUUUUUAAAUUAUGCUUAGAUAUAUUGUAAAAAAAAUAAAGUAAUAUAAAAUUAAGAAUUGUUCAGUGAUAAUAUAAAAUUAUUACCUAUGUACUCAGCCUCAUUUUUGUAAAUUUUAUCUUAUGCUUUGUUGUUCAUGUAGUAUCUUGGUAGAUGCUGGCAUCUCGGUCCUUCUGAAGACCUUAAUUCUUCACUGUAACAUUUCAGAAAGUGUCUUUAACUUCCCAUCAAUAAAAAAAUUCACAUAUAUAUAU